CAAUUGUAACAUUGUACUUUAGCUUGCUCGAAUUGAAAUAACCUGUUUGGUCAAAACGCUUUGAAUUUUGGAAAUGGCUGCCCUUCUCGUUCUCGCCCCGUGACGCUGGCGACUCAUAAACCCUAGCCGCUCUGCGAACAAGACGAACGGCUUGCUUGGGUUUCACAGAGGGCUGAUUUACUCUCCCACCCACCAUGGCUUAUGCAGCGACCAAACGAAAGCGCGGCGUGAGGCAAGACAGAUUCUCGGACAAGCCAGCUUCCGAUUCUACAAUACCCCCCAGGCUUUCUAGAUAUAAAGUCCGCGAAUUUCACGCCCGUUGCAGAGGAUUUCUUAGAUUCAGAUCACUGGUUCGUCGUAACAAGAGGAGGACAACAAGUGUUUGCUUAGGGAUUAGUCAUCAUGAAGCAAGCAAUUUAUUUGGUUACAAGUUUGAUUCAAGCAAACCCAUACAUGAAGAUGAAGUGAUUGAUUUGGUUGAUGAAGAAGAUUCAAGCAUUGAACAAGCUGCUAAGGAAUAUUCUUCUCCUUCUCCUCCCCGUGCUCCAAAGGGUAGCUAUCUGAGCGUACCAUUGAUACGUCGAUCUCCCCGUUUGAAGAAAAAGCGCGCUGAGGUAUCUCGUGAACUCUUUAUCCCGCUCAAAGAAGAGGAAGAUGCUCAAGUCAAAAGUGCCUUCUCUGUGAGAAAUAGGAUGAAGGUCUUGGUUUUGCAUAAAAAUUCCGGCAUUGAAAUUCGCGGAGAGACUUUGCAAUGCCUCAAACCGUGUGCUUGGCUUAACGACGAUGUCAUCAAUCUCUAUCUCGAAUUGCUGAAAGAAAGAGAAACUAGAGAUCCUCAAAGGGACUUCAAAUGCCAUUUCUUCAAUACGUUUUUUUACGUCAAGCUAACAAGACCCAGUUACAAUUACAAAGCUGUCAGGAGAUGGACCAGACAUAAAAGGCUCGGAUAUAAUCUUAUCGACUGUGACAUAAUAUUUGUUCCUAUCCAUGGUGUUGUACAUUGGACCCUUGCAGUGAUUAACAUAAGGGAAUGCAAAUUCAUGUAUCUUGAUUCACUUAAUGGAUCUGAUCCUACAAUUUUGACUGCCCUGGCUAAGUACUUUGUGGAUGAAGUGAAGGACAAGAAUGGUAAAACUAUUGACAUUAGUUCAUGGGACAUGGAAUACGUUAAAGACCUUCCGCUACAACAGAACGGGUACGACUGUGGGAUGUUUAUGCUUAAAUACAUAGAUUUUUACAGUAGAGGACUGGGGCUGAAGUUUAGCCAGACGGACAUGCCAUACUUCAGGGUAAGAACAGCUAAGGAGAUACUGAGACUGCAAGCCGAUUAGAAUUUUAGAAAGCCAACAAUGUUAUAUUUAGAAACCUCUCAAGUGAAAUCUAAUUUGCUUUGGCUAUGGUGAAUGCCAAGAUAUCUCAUUAUCACCAUGGCUGCUUUUUAGGAGCUAUCGGUUAAUUUUUCUUUGGCAAAUAGAGUUAAAGGGGUUGUAGCUUACUUCAGUGAUGAAUAUUGUAAAAGCCAACAAUAUUACUGUCGGAAGCAUUUGAGCAAAAUCUAAUUUUCUUUCUCUGAGGGACUUAGGGAGAACCUCAUA